AAUACGCCUGUCGCUAGUUUUAAGAAGAGGAAUUGAUAAACCCUGCUGCGCUGCGAAGACAAAGCUAGGGUUUUGGGUAAUCCACGCCAUGACGCGUCUGACGACUGACCAAAUUCUCAAGGACAACCGGACUCGCGACCCCGACUCCAUUACAUCUCUCACUCUCACUCACAAAGCUCUCUCCGAUGUUUCUUGCUUGAGUGAUUUCAGGAACUUGGAGCGACUUGACUUGGGCUUCAACAACCUCACUUCUCUUGAGGGGUUGAAAUCUUGCGUGAAUUUGAAAUGGUUAUCUGUUGUACAAAACAAAUUGCAAAGCUUGAAAGGAAUUGAAGGACUUUCUAAGCUCACUGUGCUAAAUGGCGGCAAAAAUAAGCUAAGGUCAAUGGGUGAGGUCAGGUCCCUUGGCAGCUUACGUGCUCUAAUAUUGAAUGACAAUGAGAUUGUUACCAUUUGUAGCCUUGAUCAAAUGAAGGAGUUGAAUACACUAGUUCUUUCAAGAAAUCCAAUCUGUGAAAUUGGUGAAUCUCUGCUUAAGAUGAAAUCUAUAACAAAGCUCUCUCUUUCUAAUUGCCAAGUUCAGAGUGUUGGUUAUUCUCUCAAGUCCUGUGCUGAGCUGAAAGAACUCAGACUUGCUCACAAUGAUAUUAAAGCACUCCCAGCUGAGUUGGCUAAUAAUAAGAAGCUCCAAAAUUUGGACUUGGGAAAUAACUUGAUCACCAGAUGGUCAGACUUGAAGGUGCUAAAAUCCUUGGUUAGCUUGAGAAACCUCAAUCUACAAGGCAACCCCAUAGCUGAAAAUGAUAAAAUAGCAAAGAAGGUAAGAAAAUCAUUGCCAAACUUACAUAUUUUUAAUGCUAGACCGAUAGAUAAAGACACCAAAAAUGAUAAGGGAGACAUGAUCAAUGAAGUUGAUGAUGAUUCAAAGAGUUCUGCUAAAAAAACAAAAGUUCAUUCAGCAGAGAAAAGAGGUCACAUCAAGGAAAUGAACUCUGAAGGACAUGUCACAGGCCAAAAUGAGGACAGCCAUCCGAAUAUUCCUAAUAAUCUUGGUAUGGGAAAAGAUUUAAAGCGUAAAAGGAAUGACAAAAGUGACAAACUCUUGAAGAAAGAAAUUCGGUGCAAUAAAGAUGAUUCAUCUGUUGAAAAAAAAAUAAAAAAGAAGUCAAAAGAAAACAAACAUGAAAAGAGAGAAGGGUAUCUAAAUGGUUCCAGAAAUGUUGAUACGGAGAAAGAACUGGAGCAGAAUAUAAACAAAACCACCGACAAGUUCUCAAAGAAAGAAGUACCUGUCAAUGUUGAUAGUGAGGGAGUUGAAAAUAAAAAAAAGAAGAGGUUAGAGGAACAAGGUGAACUUGCUGUGAUCGAUGAUGCAGAAACUUCUUUUGUAGAGCUUUUUUCUGCAGAUAUUGUUGAAAAUCCAAAAUUUGAUGGUGAACACAAGAUGGUUGAUGAAACUUUACGGUUGAAGUCAGUGGAUGGCUCAGUUGCCUCUUCUGGUAAGAGAAAGAAAAGUAAAAACAAGGGUAUGGCAGCUACAUUUAAGUUGUCUGAAGAAUUUGAAGUUGGAUUGGGAGGGCCAUCAACAUGGGGUGAUGACUGAUUAGUGAUUAUUCUACAAGGUUGCUAGAUGAGUGAAAGUUUUGUCUAAUGUUGAGUUAAAUUACAUCUUAUUUGUGAUGUCUUCAAUGAGUUUGAGUUCCUAGAAAUUCUCUAGCAUUUUUUAUGAAAAGAAGUGGCUCAGGACUCUGUUGUAAUUGAUGAUAUUUUGAUCUUGUGUUUUUCUUGGUUGUUUUCUUUCAGGGCUUUUGAUGCUCUACUGUCAA